UUCCCAGACUCAUAUUGUAGUGAUCAACGUUAGGCAGGUCGGAGUGGCAGAGUGAGAGGUCAAUCUGAAUUCUCGAAGAAAUUGAAUCUCAAAUCUCACCUCACGCUACGUUUCCACCUGAAUUCCAGCCCGAUAACGCCAAUCCACUUGUCUCUAUCACCUUUCUCUCUCUUUCUCUUUGUCUUCGUCUUUCUGCAGCUUUGGCCUCUUGCCUCUCCUCGCCGACCCUUCCGAGGCACACCUCAGAAGGACAAACACAAAAAAUUAAAAAAAAAAAAAAGUACAAUAACCAAUAGAUUGUUAUUGUACGAAACGAAGAAACAAUAAUCAAAUUUUGAUUAUUUUUUUCUUUGUACAAAAAGUAAAACAAUCAUUUGUUCAUUCGUUCUUUUUCUGUGUAUAUAUAUAGGGACAGGGGAUUGUGUAUAGAUGUUGUUGUUGCUGUAUAUUUGAUUUGUUUUAUUGGAGGGUAAUAGGGAGAAUGGCGAUGGUGGAUAUGAGGUUAUUGGUUGGGGCUGUGGCGGUGCUGGUGGCGGUGGCGGAGGGGAAUGUGGUGUUCAAGGUGAAGCAUAAGUACGGUGGGCGUGGGAGCUCUCUCUUGCCGGAGCUCAAAGCGCAUGAUUCCCGUCGCCAUGGACGAAUGCUCGCUUCCGUUGAUUUCCAUUUGGGUGGUAAUGGCCAGCCCACUGAUGCUGCGCUCUACUAUACUAAGCUUUCAAUUGGGACUCCUUCAAAUGACUAUCAUGUCCAGGUUGAUACCGGAAGUGACAUUCUGUGGGUGAAUUGUGCUGGCUGUGACAAGUGUCCUGAAAAGAGCAACCUUGGGAUAGAGUUGAAGCUUUAUGAUAUAAAGGCCUCUUCAUCUGCAAAGACUAUUACUUGUGACCAAGAUCUUUGCACUACCAUGUUCAAUGCUCCUUAUGCUGAUUGCAAGGUUGGAGUGGCUUGUGAAUAUCAGGUUACUUAUGGGGAUGGUAGUGCCACUGCAGGAUACUUUGUUAAAGAUGAGGUUCAUUUUGAUCAAGUAACUGGAAACCUUAAAACAGGACCCAUGAUUGGGGCCGUAGGAUUUGGGUGCUCAGCCAAACAAUCGGGAGAGUUAGGUACAUCUACUGCAGCAGUUGAUGGGAUAAUUGGUUUUGGGCAAGCAAACUCAUCCGUCAUUUCACAGCUAGCAGAAUCGGGGAAGGUGAAAAAGAUAUUUUCACAUUGCUUAGAUAAUCACAAUGGGGGUGGCAUAUUUGCCAUUGGAGAAGUAGUUGAACCCAAACUAAAUUCAACACCACUUGUUGAAAAUGAGCCACACUAUAAUGUUGUUAUGGAACAAGUUGAGGUGGGUGGCAGUGUUCUAGACAUUCGGACAUCUUUUUUUGACUUAGGAAAGAGAGAUAUGAUAAUUGACAGUGGUACAACCUUGGCAUAUCUUCCGGAUUCAAUCUAUUCACCUCUCAUGAAAAAGUUGAUGGAAAAACAAAGUGAUCUGGAGAUUCAUAAACUUGAAGGGUUCAAAUGCUUUGACUACGAUGAGAAUGUUGAUGAUGGAUUCCCUGUCGUAACCUUUACUUUCGCAGAUUCACUUAAAUUGACAGUAUACCCACAUGAUUACCUUUUCCAAGUUCGUGAUAAUGAAUAUUGCAUCGGUUGGCAGAACAGUGGAAUGCAGACAAAAGAUGGGAAGGAAAUGACCCUGUUGGGAGAUCUUGUUCUAUCUGGCAAACUGAUUGUGUAUGAUCUUGAAAAGCAGUCUAUCAGCAUGACUGAAUAUAACUGCUCUUCAAGCAUCAAAGUGAAGGAUGAAGCCUCGGGGAACGCAUAUGCCGUGGGAGCCCAUGAUAUUUCAGUUAGUAAUUUCAGUUGGAGGAACACUAGAAAUGUGUAUACAAUGGGCCUGUUAAUAUACUUCUUGUGCAGUUUGAUGAACUGAUGAGAUGUCACAGACCACACUAACAGGAAGUCCUAUGAUGUCAUGUUGGAAAUAAAAUAAAACUAUAUUAUAUAUUGAGGUGCAGUAA